AUGAACCUGCAGGCAGAGGAAGCAGCAACACCAGCAUUCAGCAUGGGUAACGGCGCCAACAACUGGAUUGAUGUGGCCGGAGUGACCCGUAAUGAUUCAGUACUCACUUUUCCCGAAGUUCAAAUUGAUGGCAAUGGCUGGUUGGUGAUCCACCCUUUCGAGGACGGCAAGCCGAACGGUGACAAGUAUGUCGCACAAACCUAUCUGAAGGAUGGGAUAAACAAAAACGUAAACAUUGACGUGCUCAAAGGGCUGACGCAGGGCGAGAUGUUCAUUGUGAUGCUGCAUCGCGACCUCAACGAAAACAAAGUGCUGGAUUUCAUUUUUAUAGAUGACACCAACGUUAUGGAUCGAGCAGUGUUUGAAGGCAGCAGAAUGAUAGGGCACGCUAUCCCGGAAACCCAAAGUCGAUUCGCCAAUAUCAACCGACCGAUCGCGGGUGCUACCCACGACAAGGCAUUACCCGUUGGUGAACAUCCUUUGCAGCUUUAUUCGCUGGCAACACCCAAUGGGGUGAAGGUCACUAUCCUGCUCGAAGAACUACUGGCGAUCGGUAUGAAAGAUGCGGAGUACGAUGCGUGGCUGAUAAAUAUCGGCGAUGGGGAACAAUUCAGUAGCGGUUUUGUGGACAUCAACCCGAAUUCUAAAAUACCGGCCCUGGUCGAUCACAGCACUGCAACACCAACACGUGUCUUCGAAUCCGGCGCAAUCAUGCUUUAUCUGGCGGAGAAAUUUGAAGCCUUUGUGCCACUAAAAGAACCUGGACGAGCUGAAUGCCUGUCGUGGCUGUUCUGGCAGAUAGGCAGUGCGCCUUAUCUUGGAGGUGGCUUUGGCCACUUUUAUGCGUAUGCCCCGGAAAAAUGGGAAUACCCGAUCAACCGUUUUGCCAUGGAGAUCAAACGGCAGUUGGAUGUGCUUGAUCGGAAUCUGGCAUCGCGCAAGUUUCUAUGUGGCGAUGAUUACAAUAUCGCGGAUAUGGCCGUCUACAGCUGGUAUGGACAACUUGUACUUACCGGUCUGUAUGAAUCUAAAGAAUUUCUUGAUGUCGCUUCAUAUACCAACGUCAUCAGGUGGGCUACAGAAAUUCAUAAUCGACCUGCAGCAAGACGCGGCAGGAAGGUCAACAGGGCCAGCAAGAGUGGUGUGGCCGAACGCCACGAUGCCAGUGAUCUGGAUGCGCUCGAGAAAAACUAA